UUUAUCGUCGCGUGAUAAGAGAAAAGACGGUGUUCCAUUUCUUGCGUACAUUCGACGACGUCCAUUUGGUCUGCCUAACUAAUUAUUCCCAUCAUCCGUCAUGUUCCCUCUGAUUGCCGUUUCCGCCGCUGGUCGUCUGCGUUGGUGACGUCACGAGGUCACGUGCAGGCGGGCGGGCGCGCGUCUUGUGGGUUGUGCGGUGCCAUGUGAGGAGCCAUGCGGACGCGCGGCGCUCUGGCCUUUCUGUUUCUGCUCUUCCUGGUCUGCUCGUGUGUGCAGGGGAUACGAUGGCUGUCUCUAGUGCGGACGUCAUCGCUGGCAGCCAUGGAACGCAAUGUAUCGUGUGACCAACUGCGUGGCCUCAGCCGAGCCCAGAAGCUCAUCUGUAAGAACAACUACGAGUUCAUGCAAAGCGUCCGUCGAGGAGCCAAACUGGCUGUGCUCGAAUGUCAGCAUCAGUUUCGUUCACGUCGGUGGAACUGUUCAACAGUGCAUGGAACGAGGCUCUUCAAUAAAGCUCUCUCUGACGUCCUGGCAGGAACCCGUGAGGCUGCCUUUGUUCAUGCCCUGAGCGCAGCCGCUGUGGCUCACGAAGUGACGAGGGCCUGUAGUUCUGGUCGCCUAGCCGGACGAUGCGGCUGCGAUCGUUCCGUCAGGGGAACAUCGCCCGAAGGAUUCAAAUGGUCCGGGUGCUCUGACAACGUGGCCUACGGUGUUGCCUUCUCUAGGUCCUUUGUGGACGCGAGGGACCUGCGACUAGCUCGUAUGACAUCCAACCCAAAGGCCCUCGUCAAUCUACACAACAAUGACGUUGGACGAAAGGUGAUCAGGGGCCAGAUGACGCGUCAAUGCAAGUGCCACGGUGUAUCUGGCUCCUGCGAACUCAAGACUUGCUGGAAAGAACUGAGGCCCUUUCGUGAUGUCGGACACAUACUUAAAGAGAAGUUCGACAGUGCCACUGAAGUACAAGUUAGCCGGCCUCCUGGGACCCACUUGCGGCCACUAAUUGUGCCAGUCAGUCCAUUAUCGUACACCAAUGGUCUGCAAUAUUUGAAGUCAUCCCCUGACUUUUGCGAAGCCAAUGCCAGCUUGGGAUUCCUGGGAACGAGUGGACGACGUUGUUACCCAGAUUCUGUGGAUGGAUGUCAGAUGCUCUGCUGUGGACGUGGGUAUGACACCCGCACUGAGCGUCUGGUGGAACGGUGUGCCUGCAAGUUUGUUUGGUGCUGUGAAGUUCGCUGCAAGAGUUGUAUCAAGGACGUCAGCAUCAGCACCUGCCAUUGAAAAUGGUGGUGCUCGGUGAAUACUCCAGACGUGUGGUGUGGAUUCCAUGAACGUCCUUCUCGUUAAUUUAUUUAUCCUCGCAGUCACGUAGACGGCUGGGAGUUUUAAAGUCGUACCACCUUGUGUUACACCUCAUAGCAAAUAGAAGUACAUAUAGGUAGACACAUCCUUUUUUAACUGUGCAUCAUCCUGUCCUACUUUUAAACAUUAGCUGUCUCGAUCAUCAGUGCACUGUGCGGGGCUUUGUACGCAACACCUCUAUGCAGUAACAAAAAAAUAACAUUAGGUAUGGCUGUACAUUUAGAAACACUGAGUAAAAUGCCUAGUGUGUCAUCCUGUGAGAGAGGACAUUUAAGGUGUUGUAUUUCCAUAAGGAGGACUGUCUUAUGGUACCAAUUGUUUUCUCUGCAAUGCUCAAUUUGAGUGGUAAAAUCCUGAUAAAGCUA